AAAGUGGGCCCCUUGCUGAUAGCAGAGAGCCCGAUGCAGGGCUUGAACUCAUGAACUGUGAGAUCAUGAUCUGAGCCAAAGUUGGACACUUAACCGACUGAGCCACCCAGGCACCCCAGAAUGUGAAUGUUUUAAAUGAAAUACUGAAAUUACUUAUGGUAGCCCUGGAUAUAUAUUUAUUAUGUCAUUUGUUUGUCACGAUAAGUUUUCUCCUUGGUCAUUUUAUUUUCAAAUGGAAUGAGCCAAGUUGUUUAUAUUUCAUUCCUGAGAAACUAAAGGAAGAAACUGACUAGUGAAUAUGAAAAUGGCCAUUAAAUUCGAUUGUCCAUCUUAUGGAUGUUCAUAAGAUAGUUCCUUGCUCUUAACACACUGCGGCCUGGUGUUAGAUUGUGUGUAAUUAGUGUGUACAACUUAAAUGUCAAAAUCUAAGCAAUAUAAAUAACCUGGGUUAGGAAAAAAACAUAGUUGCUUAAGGCAAAAAAGACUUCAAAGCUAAGUAUAAGCAAUAUUUGUUUUUUCCUUUUUCUCAUUUACAUGUUUAUACCACCUUUCUCUCUCAAGUAAUAACAAGCAAUACGGGUCCGAACUGGCUUAUUAGCACUACCAAGUUAAUAUUAACGAUAACAUUAGUGCACAUACAUGCACACUUAAAGGUUUGGAGAAAAAUGUCUUUCCCAUGUCUGAUUUCACUGACUAGCCCGAUCAGUUUACUAAUUUUAUUGCUGCGUUAAACUAGAAUGCUAAAUACGGUUGUCCAUUAUUAAAAGAAAUGAGUAGGAUUAAAAUAAAGACUUAAAAAAAAUACUUCUGGAUAAAGUAGCAGGCUUCAAGUGAAACUCAGUUUUGGUUUCCUUUACAGGACUAGCUAUUCACAGUCACACAGAACUACUUAGCACGCUUUGCCAGUGUCUCCUGAGGAAGUCAGAAUCUGAGCCAGCAUGAAGACUGAAUCUGGUCUUUGGUCUGAUUUAUAAACUGUACUUUAUUCUAACCAUGUGCAAGGUGGAGGUUAUAGCAUGGAAACUAAAACCUUACUUCCUGCUUGACAUAACUUACUUCAAGAAGAGCACAAUGUCAGAACGUGGAAUUAAGUGGGCUUGUGAAUACUGUACGUACGAAAACUGGCCAUCUGCCAUCAAGUGUACUAUGUGUCGUGCCCAGAGACCAAGUGGAACAAUUAUCACAGAAGAUCCAUUUAAAAGCGGUUCAAGUGAUGUUGGUAGAGAUUGGGAUCCUUCCAGCACUGAAGGAGGAAGUAGUCCUUUGAUAUGUCCAGACUCUAGUGCAAGACCAAGGGUUAAGUCUUCGUACAGCAUGGAAAACGCAAAUAAAUGGUCAUGCCACAUGUGCACAUAUUUGAACUGGCCAAGAGCAAUCAGAUGUACCCAGUGCUUAUCCCAGCGUAGGACCAGGAGUCCCACAGAGUCUCCUCAAUCCUCAGGAUCUGGCUCAAGACCAGUUGCUUUUUCUGUUGAUCCUUGCGAAGAAUACAAUGAUAGAAAUAAACCGAACACAAGGACCCAGCACUGGACUUGUUCUAUUUGCACGUAUGAAAACUGGGCCAAGGCUAAAAAGUGUGUUGUUUGCGAUCAUCCCAGACCUAAUAAUAUUGAAGCAAUAGAGUUGGCAGAGACUGAUGAGGCUUCUUCAAUAAUAAAUGAGCAAGACAGAACUCGAUGGAGGGGCAGCUGUAGCAGUGGUAAUAGCCAAAGAAGAUCGCCUCCCACUACGAAACGAGACUCUGAAAUGAAAAUGGAUUUUCAGAGGAUCGAAUUGGCUGGUGCUGUUGGCAGUAAGGAGGAACUUGAGGUGGACUUCAAAAAACUAAAACAAAUUAAAAACAGGAUGAAAAAGACCGAUUGGCUAUUCCUCAGUGCUUGUGUGGGGGUUGUAGAAGGUGAUCUAGCUGCUAUAGAAGCAUAUAAGUCAUCAGGAGGGGACAUUGCGCGUCAGCUCACUGCGGACGAAGUGCGCUUGCUGAACCGCCCUUCUGCUUUUGAUGUUGGCUAUACCCUCGUACAUCUGGCUAUACGUUUUCAGAGGCAGGACAUGCUAGCAAUAUUGCUUACAGAGGUGUCUCAACAAGCAGCCAAGUGUAUUCCUGCAAUGGUGUGUCCCGAACUGACAGAACAAAUCCGGCGAGAGAUCGCUGCCUCUCUUCAUCAGAGAAAGGGGGAUUUUGCUUGCUAUUUUCUCACUGACCUUGUAACAUUUACGUUGCCAGCAGAUAUUGAAGACUUGCCUCCAACAGUCCAAGAAAAAUUAUUUGAUGAGGUGCUCGAUAGAGAUGUUCAGAAAGAGUUAGAAGAAGAAUCUCCAAUUAUAAACUGGUCUUUGGAGUUGGCUACCCGUUUGGACAGUCGACUGUAUGCGCUUUGGAACCGGACCGCAGGAGACUGCUUACUUGAUUCAGUGCUACAAGCUACCUGGGGCAUUUAUGACAAGGACUCGGUGCUUCGGAAAGCCCUGCAUGACAGCCUGCAUGACUGUUCACAUUGGUUUUACACACGUUGGAAAGAUUGGGAAUCGUGGUAUUCUCAGAGCUUUGGUUUACAUUUCUCCUUGAGGGAAGAACAGUGGCAAGAAGACUGGGCAUUCAUACUGUCUCUUGCCAGCCAGCCUGGAGCAAGCUUGGAACAGACGCACAUUUUUGUACUUGCACAUAUUCUUAGACGACCAAUUAUAGUUUAUGGAGUGAAAUAUUAUAAAAGUUUCCGGGGAGAAACUUUAGGAUAUACUCGGUUUCAAGGUGUUUAUUUGCCUUUGUUGUGGGAACAGAGUUUUUGUUGGAAAAGUCCUAUCGCUCUGGGCUAUACAAGGGGCCACUUCUCUGCUUUGGUUGCCAUGGAAAACGAUGGCUACGGCAACCGAGGUGCUGGUGCUAACCUGAACACGGACGACGACGUCACUGUCACGUUCUUGCCUCUGGUGGACAGCGAAAGGAAGUUACUGCACGUGCACUUUCUUUCUGCUCAGGAGCUAGGUAAUGAGGAGCAGCAGGAGAAGCUACUGCGGGGGUGGCUGGACUGCUGUGUGACCGAGGGCGGCGUGCUGGUGGCCCUGCAGAAGAGCUCGCGGCGGCGCAGCCACCCGCUGGUCGCGCACAUGGUGGACAAGUGGCUUGACCGCUACAGACAGAUCCGGCCUUGUCCCUCCCUGUCUGACGGAGAGGAAGACGACGACGACGACGAUGAAUGAAGGCAAGACCCGGGAGCAGACGACCAGGGCAUCGGCUCUGCGGCGACCCCAGAGCUAGUGUGGCGCGCGCUCCCGGCGGAGCGGGGGCGCCGAGGGACCCGGGUGUGGCUGGACCUGCCGGGACGGGCGACUCUCGUCCGCACCUGGCGGGGACGACGGAUCUGCUGCGUGAGGAGACAGAGACCUCUGUUUGGACUAGUUUGUAAAAAGAAAGAAAGACCCUAAUUUUAUUAAGACACAACUUUUUUCCUUUCAAGUUGUAAAUCUGUCUGUAAAUGCAACGCAUGUGGUUGUGUAAGAAGUUGCGUAAUAGGACAAGUUGUACCAGCAUCUUCAUAUUAUCGAGACGUUUUUUCAGCACGGGCACCUCCAAAAGCACAUGGCAGAUGACUCUUUGUUCCUUCGAGAUCUUCUUUUUUAAGUAGAACCCGACAUUCUACUUCGACCUUAAAAGAGCCACUUUACGUUGAGUCUCACUAGAGCUCAUUAGAAAUCUGCAAACUUUUUGUACAGAUUAUCCACAGCCACACGUAAAAAUAAAAACAAGCUUUUAUUUUAUUAAUAA